AUGUUUAAGCUUGUUAAGACAUCCCUUGUAGACAUGGCGGGCUCUAAAAGCAAAGAGAUUAGAGAGAAACAAGAGCUUCAGGCCAGACUGCAAGCAUCAUUCAGCCGAAAUGCUUCGAAAGUACUAGAGUGGCUAGGCGACGAUGCUACAGAAAAAGAAUCAAAAGAUCUCACAGAAUCUAAAUCGAGCUUCCUAAAACUCCCCGUGGUACAAAUCGGUGCAGGAUUGAACCUCUCUGAUAAUUAUAACGUCCAAGACAAGAAUGAUAUCCACACUAUAGGUGAAUUUGUUAAAAGUGACAAAAAUGUCAGUACGUUAGCUAAAAAGAAGCAGGCCAAUAAAACAGGACAACAAGGAAAUGGUAUUUACAGAGUUCGAAAAGAAGACUCUAAAGCUAUGGUGGCUUUAAAAUACAAAGUCAGAAAUAAUCAGCGAUCUCAGUUAAAUCAUAAAUAUUCAUCUGCCGACGUCCCAGACAAUUCCAAAGACAAUGAAAGCGAUGAUGAACCACCUGUACAAAGGCCUCCUAAGAAGAAAGUUGACCUAUUCUUCAGUUCUAAAGGUAAAAAGAAGCAUUAG